AUGUCCCCUGUUAGUUUGAACAAGGGGGACUUACCUUCUGAAUUACUCUUUGUGGAUAUAACUACAGAUGAUAACAAGAAAUUAAUGUUUGGGACAUUUUACAGGCCACCUAAUAUUGAUUUUAAGCCUUUACAACCACAGAUCUUCUUAUUGUUGGCGACUUUAACCUAAGCGGGUUCGAUCGGACUACGAACCAACCUACAAAAUCAUCUGCGCAUCACACUCUUCUAUCCGAUAUAAUUCAUGACAAUUUCUUGUAUCAACUGGUUGAUGACAUAACUCGCGAACAUAAUAUAUUGGACCUUGUACUGACGACAAAUAAAUAA